GUGUAGUUGCCAGUCAUGUAGCCAAAUCUCACAUGGAACUGAUGAACUGAUGUAAAUGGCACUUUGAUAAGUAUUUUUAUGGUAUGACCCUUUAGAGUAAUAAUCAGAUGAUGGUUAUUAUCGUACGAGACUUGAGCUUGCGUUUUGAUGAAUGUGCAAUGAUAAAAAUCUCUUUUCAGUUCUUCAAUUUCAUUUACUUUCUAAAUAAACAAAAACAACCAAUCGCAACAAAGAAAGCCAUGGGAGCCAUUGACUGUGAGAGGCCUGGGUGUGUUCCAUUUAUCAAAUGACCAUUGAUAAAGUCAGUUGCUUGUUCAUCCAUCUUUUCAGUAGUUUGUUCGUCACUUACUAAGUUGAUAAAUCUGUCAAAAAAUUACAUUGAUGAGCAUUUUUGUCAAUUGAUCCUUAAUAAACCGUACGGAUGAACCAAUGGUAUUUUGCCAGCAGAUUAUAUAAAUGUAUAACGAAAAAAAAAGUGAUGGUUAUUGUACUUUGAGGGUGCGUAGACUUUCAAAAAGUAUUAACACACCUCAAGAAACUUCCAAGACUAUAACUUUGCUAUAUAGAAAGAACAAGAAAUCAAUGGAUCUAAACAUUUCAGAUCAACGUUGAUUCAACUUUUAAGCUAAUUGACCCCAUUUUUUUUCAUACACUUUGCAGACGGCGAGUGGUAUUUGAAAACAGAUAAUUUGGAAGAAUCGUGAGGUAAUGAUGUUUGGAAAGAGAUUGGAAGAAAGAGAUAAUGAAGUAGUGUUGGUAAUUUGUAGGUGCAAUUGAGCACGGGCUUCGUCUGAAACUUUAGCUGUGAGUGCAGUGUUCCCCAUUCUUCUCGUGAAUGGUUUCAAUUUGAGGUCCCACAUUCUCAAUUCUCCUACCGCUACCUGUUAAGUUUAGUGUAGGAGAGAGAUUGAAAAUGCCUGCAGAGAAGUCGAACAGUUGCGACACCGAAGUGGAGGCGUUCGUGGAGAUUGAUCCGACGGGAAGGUUCGGGCGUUACAACGAUCUUCUCGGUUGUGGUGCUGUGAAGAAGGUUUACAGAGCUUUUGAUCAAGAGGAAGGAAUUGAGGUGGCGUGGAAUCAGGUUCGGCUCAGGAAUUUCAGCGAAGACCCUGUUCUCAUCAAUCGCCUUCAUUCUGAGGUUGAGUUGCUCAGAACCCUCAGCAACAAGUACAUCAUCGUCUGUUACAGUGUGUGGAAGGAUGAGGAACGCCACAACAUCAAUUUCAUCACCGAGAUUUGCACUUCCGGGAACCUCAGGGAUUACCGCAAGAAGCACCGCCAUGUCUCCAUUAAGGCUUUCAAGAAGUGGUCCAAACAGGUCCUUGAAGGGUUGGAGUAUCUUCAUACUCAUGAUCCAUGCAUCAUUCACAGGGAUCUCAAUUGCAGCAACAUCUUCGUUAACGGCAACAUUGGCCAGGUGAAAAUUGGUGAUCUUGGAUUGGCUGCAAUAGUGGGACGGAACCAUGCUGCACAUUCUAUUUUAGGAACACCUGAAUACAUGGCACCGGAGCUGUAUGAGGAAGAUUACACUGAGAUGGUGGACAUAUACUCUUUUGGAAUGUGUUUGCUUGAAAUGGUUACAAUGGAGAUACCCUACAGCGAAUGUGACAGUGUGGCGAAGAUCUACAAAAAGGUCACUAAGGGAAUUAAGCCUCAGGCUUUGAGCAAAGUCACAGAACCAGAGGUGAAGGAAUUCAUUGACAAGUGCAUAGCACAGCCAAGGGCAAGACCUUCUGCCACAGAUCUCCUUAAGGAUCCUUUCUUUUAUGAACUCAACAAUGAUGAAGAAUCGACGCCAUUAAAUUGAUAUUGUCUGACCCUUCUGUCCAAUUCAACAACUUUUCACUUCCAAUCAAAGUAUGUUCGUAUUACAUACUGAUAGUUGGUCAGUAGAUGCAUUUCCUUUCCAGUUUCACUGUAUCUGUAUUGUACAGACUGAAAGUGCCAAUCAACCCAGUUGCAGCUUUUUCAGUGGAUUCCCUUGUUUGUUUCUGCCAUGUUCUGUUUUA